AUGUCAUCUGAUGAGAACAAGAAAUGGAUGAAGUGUGACCGUAAGUCCGGUGAAUACAUACAAGUUGUGAGGUCAUUUAUACAGUUUUCCAAGAAUAAUGGUGGUGGGAGGGUUUUAUUUUCAUGUCCUUGUCGAAAUUGUAUGAAUGGUAAAGGUUCAGUUUCACUUAGUGAGAUAUCAUUUCAUUUGCUCAAAUAUGGUAUUUGUUUGACGUAUACAACAUGGCGUCAUCAUGGUGAAAGUUCAGUAGAAGCACGGUCAAGAUAUAUGGAUAACACUACAGCAGGUAUGGAUGUGAAGGUUACAGUAGGUUUGGAUGUGGAUGGGAAUGUUACAUCUGCUAUGGAUAUGGAUGUGAAUGUAACAACAGGAGUUGAUGUGGAUGACAAUGUUACAGCAGGUGUGGAUGUGGAUGAGAAUGUUACAACAAAUGUGGAUGUGGAUGAGAAUGUUGGGACCAAGGGGUGUUGUAAGAAAAAGUUAUCAGCGGCCGAGCGAGCAAGAGUACCAUUGUAUCCUUCGUGUCCUAAAGGAAAGUCGGCGUUGUAUGUAGCGAUAAUGGUGAACAACAUAAAGACUCAGUAUGCAAUUUCAGAUAAUGGUAUGACUGCAAUGUUAGAAUUGAUGAAAGAGUUGCUUCCCGAAGAAAACACCCUGCCAAAUAAGUUUCCAGAUGUCAAGAAGAUAAUUCAAGAGUUGAGGAUGGAUUAUGUAACCUACGAUGCUUGCGUGAAUGAUUGUAUACUCUAUUGGAAGGAUAAGAGUUCAUUGUUGAAGUGCCUUGUAUGUCAAGAACCGCGGUAUGUAAGAGUUUUCAAUGCUGCGAGAAAACUUACUCAAGUUGCGCAGAAGACGUUGAGACACUUUCCAAUAAUUGCAAGGAUGAAAAUAUUUUAUAGUAUACCAUGGAUAGCAGAGGCAAUGCUUUGGAAUUUUAGAGCACAAAAAGAUAUCAAUGUAAUGCGUCAUCCCGUUGAUUCUUCAUCUUGGCAUUGUGCGGAUAGUUUUUAUUCAGAGUUUUCUAAGGAAGCACGGAAUGUUACUCUUGGUAUAGCAACUGACGGCUUCAACCCCAAUGGAUGCUUUGGUCUCAAUUUCAGCUGUUGGCCGGUAAUUCUCUGUCCGUAUAAUCUUCCUCCUUCGAUGUGUAUGAAGAGGGAGUUUUCUAUGUUAUGUUUUUUGAUAUCAGGCCCGAGAGCACCAGGUAAAGAUAUCGAUGUUUACUUACAACCAUUGAUUGAAGAGUUGAAAGAGUUAUGGAAUGAUGGUGUUAUGACUUUCGACAACUUCACCGGUUCUGAAUUUCUGAUGAGAUCUAGGUUGUUAUGGGCAAUUCAUGAUUUUCCAGCAUUAGGGACUCUUUCUGGAUGUCUAACUCAUGGGUAUUUUGCUUGUCCAAGUUGUGGAGAAGAAACAGAUGCUGAGUGGCUGCCAUAUAGUAAGAAGUUGUGUUAUAUGGGACAUAGAAGAUGCCUGCCAACGAAACACAAGUUUAGAGAUGAUAAAACAAACUUCAGUGGAGGAGUUGAGCACGGUAAAGCUCCAUGGCCACUAACAGGAUUGCAAGUUCAAGAGAUGGUAGCUAAUUUGAAAAGAAAACAGGUUCGUCACUGUACAGAUGUGAUGCAUACCGAGAAGAAUAUAACUGAGCACAUUGUUAAUACUAUAUUGGGAAAUAACAAGUCAAAAGAUGGUCUUAAUGCACGUAAAUAUAUGGAAGCUAUGGGGAUUAAAAAGCGGUUAUGGUUGAAAGAGGAUGACAACACGGGCAAGACAACAAUGGAAGAUGCGUCUUUUGCCUUAACAAAGGAUGAAAAAGUUGCUUUAUGUACAGUUUUGAAGAAUUUAAGGGUGCCUUCAAAUUUGUGUUCCAAUCUUCGCAACAACGUUGGUAUAAAUCCACCGGAGUUGAAGAAUUUAAAGUCUCAUGAUUACCAUGUUAUGAUGCAGUCUUUGUUUCCACUGCUUGUUCAUACUGCAACUUCAUUUCCUAAAGAUCUGCGAGUUGCUCUUCUCUGCAUUAGUUUAUUUUUCAAUAUCUUAUGUGCGAAGGUUAUUAACAGAGAGCAUCUUUUACAAGAUAAAGCUAGUUCGGUGGAGGCGAUGUGUGUUCUAGAAAAAUACUUUCCUCCAUCCUUCUUUGUCAUUAGUAUCCACCUGAUGAUUCAUCUGGCAGAUGAAGCUUUAAUCUGCGGUCCGAUCAGAUUUAGGUGGAUGUACCCCUUUGAGAGGUUAAUGAAAGGCUUUAAAGGGUUGGUGCGCAAUAAAAGGUACAUUGAGGGAUGCAUUGCGAGAGGGUAUUCGUUGCGAGAAGCUAGCUUAUUUUUUAUGGAUGGCAUGUCAGAUGAUGGUGAUGGUACUCAUAAACAUACUCGACGGGCUUUUUUAGAUGAUGACUAUGAGUUUGCAGAUGAGAUGCCUCUAAGUACUGGAAAGAGUAUGACUUUAACUCAAGUACAAUUUGAACAAUGCCGCAACUGGAUCCUAUCUAAGUAUUUUGAGAUAGAUGACUGGCAAAGGAAGUAUGAUUCCUAUGUUAGCGGCGACACGUCUAAUGGUCAGCAUACCUCAAAGAGUUUUCAUUUGAUAGAAGCCAAAGACACUGAUUCAACACUUUGGAGACUCGUGCAAGGACCCCUCUUCAAGGCACGAUCCUACAGGAAAUACCAAGUCAAUGGCUUUACUUUUAACACAUUAGGUUGUGAGGCGAAGAAUAUAUCGCAAAACAGUGGCGUAUCAAUGAAAGCUUUUACAAUACUGAAAGCGAAGUCAGCCGAGGAAGCAGAAAUAACUUAUUACGGAGUUAUUAAAGAGAUUAUCGUCUUGAAUUACAUGGAGUUUGAAGAAACUGGUUUCUGUUGUGAUUGGGUUAGUGCUGGAGAUAAGAAUGCGUGUAAGGUUGAUGCAGUUUCAAAGGUUAUAAAGGUCAACUUAUCCAAGAUGAAAAACAAAGUUAAAGUGUCCGAUGAGACGUUUAUCCUUGCAUCUGAAGCGACUCAAGUGUUCUACUCGAAGGAUCUUACAAAUGAGGGAUGGUCCGUGGUGUUGCACUCACAUCAGGGGUUAACUUUUUCAGUAGAUAAAUUUGAAGUUCCUACAGCUUAUCAAUCAAUCCUUACUAACAAUGAGAAUUUCAAAAAGUUGUUUUCAAUUGGUUCUAUUUGA